AGGAAACAGACUUUGUACAUAGUCCCUCCCGCGCUUAUUCAAAAGCCGAAGCCGGCAGAGUCCUCUUCAGUCCCAAAAUGUCAGAGCCGAUCAUCCUCUCCGACGAAGAAGAUGACCACCACAAUGCGCCCUCAUCCCCAUUCCCACCUUUCCCCUCUAAGAAACGCCGAACCCAAUUCGACCCCAAUCCCAAUCCCACCGUUCUCAUCCUCGACGACGACCCGACCCCGCUGAAACCCGGUCCCAAAUCCACCGCCUUCUUCGUCCCGGACACCCCCAAUUCCGACGUCGCAAUCGUCAAAUGCACCAGAGCCGCCCAGCCCAAGUUAUCUGGCAUUGAUGGUGUGAUAUGUUUGGAAUCCGAUAAUGAGCCUGGAAGUAGUUGUGGAGGGGAAAAGAAGAAGGAAAAUGGAUUGAUGCCGGGUGGUUUUGGUCUGGCCAAGGUCUUGGAUUGGAGUCCUAGUUUUGUUGAGUCCUCAUGUGGAGUUGGACAUUCUGAGUGGGAGCAUACGAUUGAGGGUAGCUCUUCAAAUCCUACUUCUUCGCGGGGUGAUAUUGAUCAGGUACUUGAUUGUCCUGACAAUGAAAACAUAAUGGAUCAAAUGGGCAACAUUUUGAGACCGGGAAAAGAAUAUGCAGCUAUUACAGAAAAGGAAAAUAUUACAAAAGAAGAAAAGGGAAGAAAGAAGAUGACCAAAGAGGAAAGGACACGCUUAAUGGAAGAAAAGAAGCAAAAGAAGCUUGAAGAGAAGUUGCAACGAGAAGCUCUGAAAGCUGAAGCUGCAGAGAUGAAAAAAUUACAGAAGGAAAAGCUAAGGUGGGAAAAAGGGAAGUUUGCACUUAAAUCCAUCGUGGCUGAGAUUGAUUCUAAAGUGAUUGAAUCAGGAUCAGUUGGAGGAAGUCUGCUUUCAAGGUUUGCCGAAAGGGGGUUAACAUAUCGUAUAACAUCAAAUCCAAUUGAAAGAUCAAUUGUCUGGACAAUGACUGUUCCAGAACAUAUCUCACAGCUUUCUCCUGAAGGAGUAGAGAUUCAAUAUAUAUUGAUUGUUUAUGAGGCUGAAGAUUUUUGUAAACUCAUCAUCAAUGAAUCUCUUCCCGGACAAGUUUCGAGAGUUCAAAAUCAUUAUCCUUCAUAUACAGUGUGUUACCUCACAAAUAAGUUGAUUGCAUAUGUUAGGAAAAGGGAAGGAGAAAUGUACAAUGGCCGGGGGCGCGAGGGACAUCCAACUGUUGACAAGGUUCAAAAGGUGUUGGCAGAUUUGACCACUAGCUUUUCCAAAGUACAUUCCAGGCAGUGCAAAGAUGAGGCUGAACUUGCUGAACAUGUUGCUGGUUUAACAUGUAGCUUGUCAUCCUGUCUUUUCAGGAAGAAGUUAACUAGACUUGAUGUAAAUGCUAAUGGAUCCUUUAUCACAAAGGACUGUGUUGACCGGAAUUUGAUAAAACAGAGCUCAUGGUUAAAGGCUUUAGUAGCUAUCCCGAAGGUACAGCCACGAUUUGCUAUUGCCAUAGGCAAGAAGUAUCCUACCAUGAAGUCUCUGUUAAGUGUUUACAUGGACCCUAAUAUCUCAGUACAUGAAAAGGAAUUUCUGCUCAAGGACUUGACAACAGAAGGUUUACUUGGUGGUGAUAGAAGAUUAGGUGAGGUGUGCUCCAAGAGAGUGUACAGGAUACUCAUGGCACAAAGUGGCUGCACCAAGACUGACGACGUUGAAGAUGGUGCUGAUUUCUUCAGGGUCAAUUGACAUGAUU